AUGGAUGGGCGAAUCCACCAUGGAGCCCAAGUGUGCUCUGGCACCAACCCCAGAAAGUGCCAGGAGCUAGGAGACUCAAUUCUUCUGAUUCUGGGAAGUUUCAUCUUGCUGAAUGUGGGGAUCAAUGUGGUGACUCUGCUCUGGAGGCAUCUGAAGAGCUCCCUGAGGAUUCUUUUCCAUCAUUUUUUCCCCAAGGAUCCCAAGAACUUGUGCCCAAGAGUCUCUUCCUGCUUCCAUCGUCGCCCAAGCUUCCUGCUCGAGCAGCGUAACCACCUUGACUCCAGGAUACCAGACAUGAAUGACGAGAAGGCUUCAAGGUGCUGCUGUAUGCUGCCUCAGUGUAGACACACCAGGGCUCCUGUGGAGGCUCCAUGGGGACUACGGAAGGAGGGGAUGGUGGGAGCUGGGGGUGCUCCUCAGGCCACACCCUUCAAGGCCCAAGCCACCUUUCUCUCCAGGCAAAAGACAUCUUCUGAGCUCCCCAGGAUGAGCAAGCUGGACAAGGUUCCACUCUGCUUGCCCCAAGAGAGCAAGACUAAGACCCCAGACUAUGAUCCAGCCCAGGCCCCAGCCCAGGCCCAGCCCCCCUCUCCAGUCCGUCCCCCUGAGCACAGCCCCCACCAGGUGCAGACCCCCUCCCCAGAGCAUCCCCCUGAGCACAGCCCCCACCAGGUGCAGACCCGCUCCCCAGUCCAUUCCCCUGAGCAUACCCCACCUCAGGCCCAGACCUGCUCCCCUAUCCACCACCUUGAGCGCACCCACCCACAGGGCCAGAUCCACUUCCAAGCCCCCACUCCUGAGCACAUCUCUACCCAGGCCAAGACCUACUCCCCAGCCCUCACUCCUGUGCACCCCCCCACCCAGGUCCAUGGCCCUGAGCACACCCCAGCCCGCAUGCUCACCCAGGCCCCCUCACAUGCCUCUGCAAACCCCCUGGGCCACCCCCCCGAACACAUAACAGCCCAUGCUCCAGCCGCCCCAGUCUCAAUUUCUGCCCCAACCCCUGAACGAGCACUGGUCACAGCCCUAAAUACCACUCCAGUCCCUGUUCCUGUCUCUGCCAUCACCCAUCCCUCCAUCCUAACUUCUAUUCCCUCUACCCUGACUGCCUUCAGCCAAGGGCUCUCCACUGACCACGUGGUCUAUGAUGCCCAUGGGAGAAAGCAGAAGUUGUUCCAUGUGCAUCCCCCACCGAACUCUGCGUAUUCCAGAAAGGAUGGCACCCUCCCCAGGCCCCAAGAGGGGCAGGGCCUGGUAAACUCUGGUACAGCUGAGCAAAUAUUGAAGCAACAUAGUGGGGAUAGUGCCAGGCCCUCCACAGGAUCCAUACUGGGUUACCUGGAGUUGGAGAAUAUGGAAUGGAAGAUCUGCAGUGAUGCCAAAGACAAGUUUUUACAGCCCAAGACUUUCUGUAGCUUCCAUCCUUGCAGUCCUGAGAGAAGAAACACAGACUCCCAGACUCCAGCCUACCCCAAGUUCUUGGUCUACUCCAAAGAUGCUAUACCUUCUCAACCUUGCUUUCAUUCUCCAACCAGUACCCGGAGCUCACUGUGUACUGUUCCUCCACCAUGCACUCUUUCGCUGCCUCUUGUUUCUCCCAGAUCCUUUGUCCUUCAGCAACCCACCAACCACCACAAGUCCCCCACUUUCCCUCCAACCUCCAUGUCUUUUCAGUCUGUCCCUUCUUCCCAGUUGCCCACCCUUUCCCAGUUCUCCACCAUUUCCCAACCCCCAAUCCAACCCCAAUCCCCUGAACUUCAUGAGAAUCUAGGCCUCACCCAAGACUCUGGCCUCCAAAGGACCCCAGGCCCUUCAAAAGACUCUAAAGUUCUCAGGAACCCAGGCUUUACCCAAAAUCCAGGCCUCUACAAGAAUCCCAGCCUUGCUCAAGACCUUUAUUUCUUAAAAAACCCAAGGCCUUCCCAAGACUCUGAUUUUCAUAAGAAUCCAGUCAUUACCCAAGAUUCUGGCCCCCAAAAGAGCCUAGGUCCUACUCAAGAUGCAGGUAUCUUUAGGAGCUCAUGUCUCACCCAACCCUCUGGCCUCCAGAAGAACAAACCACUGCCCCACAUUUCUGACAUUCAGAGAUGCUCAGGCUUUAUGGAAGAUUCUGGAGUCUAUAGGAAUGUAGAACAAAACCAAGAGACUAUACCCAACAAAAGUCAAGAACUUGCCCAAACAACUGGCCUCCAUAACAGCCUGGGCCCUUUUCAAGAUGUUGGAGGUUACAAGAGUGCAGGUAAAGUCCAAGAUCCGGGAGUCUCUAGGUGUCUAGGCCUUACCCAAGAUUCCGACCCACAGAAGAGCCCAUACCCUGUUCAUGACUCUGGAGUCAACAAGAGCCCAGGCCUUGUCCAAACCUCUGGCCUCCAUAAGGGUUCCAGCCUCACCCAAGACUCAGGAGACUACAAGAAUCUAGACCUUACUCAAGAUUCUGGAGUCUACAGGAGCCUAGGCCUCACUCAAGAUUCUGACCUCCAUAAGAAUCCAGGCCUUACUCAAGCCACUGAAGUCGAAAGGAGUUAUGGCCUUACCCAAGAUAAGAAGGAUGCGGAACAGCAUGUACCAUCCACUUCUGUCUCACUCAGUCAGAACUGCUCCUCCAAGUCCCCAGUGAUCUGCAAUGUCCUGCAAACCUCCUCAGAAGUACCUGUACUGAUUGAGCUGCAGCCAUCCUCCUGGCGAGCAGGCAGCCAAGACUGGGUGUACCAUCCUGGGGAUUCAGUUUCUCCAGCCUGCCAGAACUAUUGCCAGAUGUCUAUGCCUCCCAAAAUUGACUGGAAGCCUUACUGUCUUGUGUCAGGCUCCCGCCUAGGGCAUGUGGUCUUUGAUGCCCACAAGAGACAGUUUGGAGUGGGCAAGGACAAGUGUGAAGCUCUGUCUCCCAGGCGCCUUUGCCAAGAGGCAUGCAGCAACUAA